CCUGCGGCCAUUUUGGAGAAGGGCGUGCGGAGCCUUGCGGGGCGUCGCAGGCUGGUGGGGGCCGAGCAACGGGUAGUGCAGGCGAGCAGUCUGGGCUAGGGCGCCGCGGCGGGGAGGCUCGCCUUUGCCGGCAUGCUCAGCGCCGUGAGCAAAAGCACUCGGUCCUGCCCCAGAUCAGUGGGCCAAAUGUGGAAGGAACACGGCCAGAAAGCACCCAAAGAGCAAGAGCCGCAGAGGAGAGCUGGCUCCUUCCUCUCCCGCCCCAGACUGGUUUUUCCCUAAUGCUGGAAACCCAACGUGAACGAAUCCCUCGGAAACGUUUCUAUAAUGAUUUAUGAGAACCAAAAGCAAAAGGAGGAUGGACUCAGGCAAGUUCUGGAGGAGAUGAAAGCUUUAUAUGAACAAAACCAGUCUGAUGUGAAUGAAGUAAAGUCGGGUGGACAAAGUGACUUGAUAUCAACCAUCAAGUUUCGACACUGUUCUUUGUUAAGAAAUCGACGCUGUGCUGUAGCAUACCUGUAUGACCGAUUGCUUCGGAUCAGAGCACUCAGGUGGGAGUAUGGCAGCGUCCUGCCCAAUGCCUUACGAUUUCACAUGUCUGCUGAAGAAAUGGAGUGGUUCAAUCAUUAUAAAAAAUCCCUUGCUAUCUAUAUGAAGUCACUGGGAGGAGAUGAAGGUUUGGAUAUCACACAGGAUAUGAAACCUCCGAAAAGCCUAUAUAUCGAGGUGCGGUGUCUAAAAGACUAUGGAGAAUUUGAAGUUGAUGAUGGUACUUCAGUCCUGUUAAAAAAAAAUAGUCAGCACUUUUUACCCCGGUGGAAGUGUGAGCAGCUGGUUAGACAGGGCAUUCUGGAGCAUGUGCUGUCCUGACCUUGUGCUGAGGCGCCACUAGGCUUCCCUGUGGUGUGAGGGGCAGCCACACAACGGAAUGUGCUACACGUCCAUCUCCACCCUCAUCUCUUUGAUUUUAAAGGUUCUUUACAGAAGUUCUUUAAGAUAACCAGGAGUAUCUGGCAAAGGAGUGGUUUGCUUUUCUUUUGUACAGGAUUCAUCCUCCUCUUUGUAAUAAACUAUUGUAAGCUAUGUCUAUAAUUACAAGAUUCCUACAGUUACUACAAUGUGGUUUUUUGACAAAAUUUUUUUAAUGGAAGUAAGCAUUUGUUAAUAUUUGAUUUUCUUUGUCCUCCCUGGUAAUGACUUUAUUUUUCCAGUGUACAUUUCCAGCCCAUGGUAUAGCAUACUGUCUUAUAGUACAAAUUCAAGGAAGGUAAUACCUUUCCUAAGUGAUAAAACUUCGGCAAAUUAAUAUAGUACUCUUUAAUAUAAUAAAAUUCUUUUUUGUUGU